AUCCGGUCCCACCGUUAAAUGCAUCCGGUCCUGCUACCCGCAUGAUUCAAUUGCCACUUGAAUGAGGAGUCUGUGCUUAUUCGCAGCCACUUUAAGCCGAACAAAAUAUUUUGUCAAACCAAAGUACAACCAUACUUGUGUAGUUACACUGCUUAAACCGCAGUCCUACUACAGUUGUCAGCGUGUAGCAUUUCACCUGGACGCCACACGUAGGCAACGACACAUGUCAAGUGAAGCCAAGAGGCUGUGCACCGAAGACAGAAUGGCCAACAAGAAGAUCGGAACCCACAAUGGAACCUUUCACUGCGACGAGGUUCUGGCAUGCUUCUUUCUCCGUCAGUUACCCGAAUACAAGGGUGCAGAGAUUGUACGGACCAGGGACCCCACGCUGCUGGCCGACUGUGACAUAGUUGUAGAUGUGGGAGGAGAGUUUGACCCGAAAAGGCAUCGCUAUGAUCAUCAUCAGAGGACUUUUGCAGAGACCUUCCACAGCCUGUGUCCAGACAAGCCGUGGGUCACCAAGCUCAGCUCGGCCGGCCUGGUUUAUCUCCACUUUGGCCGUCAGCUGCUGGCCCAGCUGACGCAGCUGAAGGAGGACGAUAAGCAGUUGGAGGUCCUCUAUGACAAACUCUACGAGAACUUCGUGGAGGAGGUGGAUGCCAUUGACAACGGCAUUUCACAGUGUGACGGCGAGGCACGAUACGCCAUCUCCACCACGCUGAGCGCACGUGUCGGCUACCUGAAUCCACGCUGGAACAGCAAGAGUCAGGACACUGAGGAGGGUUUCAAAAAGGCUAUGGCAAUGGUUGGGGAAGAGUUUCUGGACCGUUUGGAUUUCUACAAGUCCUCAUGGUUGCCAGCACGCCAGGUCGUGGAAGACGCCGUCAACCAGCGACACAAGGUAGAUCCCAGCGGGCAGGUGCUGCUGUUCUCCCAGGGAGGGUGUCCCUGGAAGGAACAUCUUUUUGCCCUGGAAAAGGAGCUCCAAGUAGAGACACCAAUCAAGUUUGUGCUUUACCCCGACCAGAACGGACAAUGGAGGGUCCAGUGUGUCCCGGCGGGCCUCAACACCUUCCAGAACAGGUUGUCCCUGCUAGAGGAGUGGCGCGGCGUCCGCGACCAGGACCUGUCGACGCUUAGCGGCAUCAAGGGCUGCAUCUUCGUCCAUGCUGCAGGUUUCAUUGGUGGGAACACGACGCAGGAAGGAGCCUUAGAGAUGGCCAGGAGGACGCUGCAGGCUGCUGGACGGUCACCUGCCAACGGUGACUGUUGACAAAUCAGGAAGGUCCUUUUGUUCAGUCCUAUAGAAGAUAUGGAAAAUGCCUCAAUGCUGGUCUACAAAAAGUGGAAACCCAAGCAAAAAUAAAUAUCAUAUAGAGUCAAAAGGGCCGAUUUUUUUGACACUGAGCUAUAUGACUUAAAAUAACUUCAUCUAGUGUUAGAUUUCCAUAUUUUGUAGUGUGUAAAUUAGGUACACCUCUGUAGUCCAAAACAAGAGUGGGUUAAAAUUCAGCCUUUGCAAAGAUAGUAUGAAAAUUACUAAACGAUAAUAAUGCAGAUAGAUGUGUUUCUAAUAUCUUGGUUUUUUUUUUACUUAAAGCCAAAAUAUUAGAAAGUCAUCAAUAUGUGAUGAAGUAAAGUUAAAAUGACAGCCAUGUUAAUAAAGCCGGAAAAGUCAUAAUUUGGAUCAACACAAUUGUAUACUCUUUCCCACAUAUUCCUGUAGGAACACAAAAUCAUUUGCAAGAAAAAUAAGGAUAUUGUACACCACCUCUCUGUAUGACCAUUUUUCUUGUCAAUUGCAUAAUUACAUUUUAUUAUAUAUAUUAUUAUUAUAUAUAUAUAUAUGUUAUAUAUAUGUAUUAUAUAUUAUUAUUAUUAUUAUUAUACAUUCUUUCAUUCAUUUUCUACCGCUUUUUCCUCACAAGGGUCGCGGGGGUGCUGGAGCCUAUCCCAGGCACCCUGGACUGGUCGGCAGCCAAUCACAGGGGACAUAUAGACAAACAACCAUUCACACUCACAUUCAUACCUAUGGACAAUUUGGAGUCACCAAAUUAUUAUAUAUAAUAUAUAUAUUAUAAUAUGUAUUAUUUAUUAUAUAUCUGUUAUUAUUUGCAAAGAAAAUUAUGGUAGGGAAAACCCACAAAAGUGAAUUUUUUUUUGCACCAAUAUGACUUGAUUACUACUAACGCUGAAGCAUUUUACUUGUCAUUUGCAUAAUUGAAUUUUAGUAAGAUGCAUUAUUUGCAAGAAAAUUACGAAUAAAAACCCAACAAAAAAUCUUUGAUCCCCGUCUUCAUCUGUUCUCAUCAUGUGACAUUUUAUAAAAUAAAUGGACUCUUUACACACGUCAUUUGUUUUUGUCGAUUAAUUUUUUUUGCAAUGCGUUAUAUGUGCUUCCUAAAACAGUGUAACAAUGUAAGCACCCUAGCAGAGGUAAAUGGACGUUAUUAUCUUUGUAAAGGCAGACUUUGUAUUUAUAUCUCAUCCUUUUUCCAGGUGAGUGGUCAGUCUGUGUUGGCAUUCAUUUACAAUAAAACA